GAGAGUGAAUGAAUUAAGGAGGCACAAAAAGAAUCAUGUUAACAUCAAACUUGUAUUUACACGCCAUGAAAACGAAUAUUUUCAAGUGUAAUUUUCAUCUGACAAAACCUCCCACCUUACCCAACAUUGAAAACACUCAUUCAACCAUACAACACAUAAUACUCUUCACAAUAUCUUAGAUCUACACUCCCAUUCAUAACCCACAAUCAACCAAUCGUAAAAUCCUCGCACCAAUCUCAGAGUGUAAUUCCACAAGCAUAAGGAUGGCCUCGUCUGAUUUUGCGCAGAAACUGCUGCAUGAUCUCCGGCUUCGGAAGGAGCGAAUGGCUAACGCUCAGAGCUCAGAUAUGUACCACAACUCCAAGCAAAACUUCAAAGGAUCCAGGGAAACAAAGACAUUGGAGCAGGUCAGUCACAAGGCUGGAAGGAGGUAUAGGGGAUCCAGCAACAGCCGGAACGCCGCUGCUAAUUCACAGAGUGCCAAUCAAAUAGUCCCUUAUGGCGGAGAACAUCACGCAGGACAAUUGAACGACCUGUCUAUGGCUCUAGCCUAUGCAUUUGACAACAGAGGGAAGUUAAAAAUAUUAGACAUAGUGAGCAAUGGUCCGAUGAUGAAUUUAUUGCAGCAAAUAGGACGGACAUCAACGCAAAGAAUUGACAUACAUUGGCAAUCGGAAAACCAAUUCCCAACCCUAACAAACCUGCACAUUAAUGAAAUUUCAAAGGGAGCCCAAAAACUAAACCAACUUCUUAGAGCCUGCUCUAGUGGUGGUUUCAGCAUUAAUAAAGGUUCGGUAGAAAUUGGAAACGAACUCUGGAAGGGGGCAAUGGAAUUGGAACAGUCCCUAAGAAUGCUUGUGAGCUUACAAGAAGCAUCAACAGAUAGCACUGCAAAUUCACAGCAAAAAAGCCGAUUUAGGCUGCUCGAUGACAAUGGGGAUAGUGAGGAUGAUAGCAGUGGAAGUUUGGAGAAACAAAAGCAAGUGGAACGCCCGGUUUUCUCCUUCGACAAGCCUUCCAAGAACUCAAAAGUGAGUGUACAAAAGCUUUUAGUUCAACCCCACCUGGAGGAUCCACAUCCUAAGACAGAGAGUCACAUUUCCAUCACCUCAACAAGUACUCCGCACAGGCAUUCUGCUAGCAAUGUCUCGGAACUGAACACAUCUCAGCUAACAAAUUCCUCAACAUUAAAACACAAUGCAGCCAGACUUCCCAAUGUUAUUGCAAAGUUAAUGGGGCUGGAGGAACUUCCAGAAAACUCAAAGCCAAAGGUAAAUACAGAAUGUCCAGCCACCCAGCAACGAUCAAGAGACUCAGUUUCAAGUCAUUUUUCCCAAAGAAGCUCCCAAAAUGCCAACUUAAAAAUCGAGUACACUAGACCUGCUAAACACCCAGUUGGCCCGAUCAGAGUACAGAGCAACACAAUAACGAUAUUGACAUCAAAAAGAAGAGAACAAAAGGAAGAUACAUAUAGAUCAAUCAAAAAUUACAACACUGGAUUUGACCGAGAGAAACCAAAUUGGAAACUGGAAGAGAGGCAGGGGAUAAAAACUAGUGUACAAAGGUCAAUGGCAGCAAUCUCCAAAAUAAACGAGCUGCAAACGAAAUGUACGAACCUUAACCAAGAAAGUAAGGCCCAAAAUGGAAUCAGCAAAGAGGCACACGUCAAAAUCACGAAACAGAAACAAGCAGCCACGGAAAUAUCAGGAGGAAUAAACACAUCAGGAAACAGAAGUUUGAAUAUGGCAGAAAUAACAGAUAAACUCCGAGAAACAAAAAAUGCAGAGGCAAGCAACCUUCAGCUACCUCAGCAAAAGCAGAAUCGAGAAGUUGAAUUGCAGAAGAUGAACAUGCCAAAUCAGCCUCAUAGAAAAAAGAUCAAAGCGGAAAAUAGAUACCAGCCAAAGGCGAACCUCAUAGCGGAACCAAGGAAAAGAGAAAGCAGUGCAGAAAAAGUGCAGGGCACGAGAAUAAUUGCAACAGAUCAUAAAAUUCUGCAGAAGCAAGCAAAUGUUGGAAUAAAUAGCAGAAAAGAUUUUAGAUUGACAGCUUCAAAAGUUUUAUUGAGCGAUGAAAAAAAUGAAGAUCCAGCAGAAGAUGUAUCCAAGAACUCCAAUGAUGGAAGCAAGAGCUCAAUGAGUUUAAUAUCAGAAUCGGGAAUAACAGAAGUAAGAGCGACCUCAUACAAGGAAGUAAGAUCAGAGCAAAAGGAGAUAAGUGACGAUAAACCACCCAACACUAGACCGACAGUGAAGACAAAUAAGGACAUUACAAAGGCACUGCCAUCUCCAAGGACAAUAACAAAAGCCUUGAAGCCUCACAAAUCAACAUUGCAGACACUGAAGCAAAACAGACGCAACAAGAUCAGUGGUUCACAGCCAGCAACAGUGGAAAAUGAAAGCAGAUCAAUUACUGAGAGCACACCAGGGAAGGAUGCACCAAUCAAACCACCAACUUUUGAACAAUCACAGAAAAAUGAAGAUACUGAUCAAGUGGACUCCAGAAAUCAUACAGUCCGAGACCAAAGCACGCAGCAGCGGAAGGAGGUCAUUGAAAUAACUUCAGGAGACAUGAAUGAGGUAAUCAUAACAAACAUUCAUGAUGAUCAACAGGAAAUGGUAACUGAUGAAGUCAAAAUCAAACCACAAGUAACCCCAGAUGGGCAAGAAGAUAGCAAAAUCAACUCCUUUAAUCAACAGAAGCAACAGAAGAUCAUAAAAGUGGAAAAACAAGAGCCACUCACAGAAGAUGAGAUGUUCCUUAAGCAAAAACUCAUACUAAGUCAUCAUUUUCUUAAUACAGCAGAGGCAUUAUUCAAGCUUAACAUUCCGAUCAGUAUUCUUAAUUAUGCAAGCGAUCAAAUAUGUAAAGACAGAGAUUGCAAGAUCAUACUAGAUUGUGGCUAUGAGCUUCUGAAAAGAAAAGGGAAAAGAAAAGAAGCAAUCAUCUAUCCUAGCAUCAACAUAUCAAUGAGCUACACACAAAUCAAGUCUCUAGAUGAUUUGGUGAGGCAUUUGCACGAGGACUUUGAGGCUCUAAGAUCUUAUGGACGAAAUGAAAAAGACAACUAUGACUAUGCAAAUUGUAUACUGAAAAUGCUGGAGGGCGAUAUCUACAACAGGCAUCCUGAUUUAAACACUAUGUGGGACCUUGGCUGGUAUGACGUAUUCCCAUGUGCAAAUAUGGAGGAAGUAAUAUGCAACAUAGAGCAACUAAUGCUUGAUGAACUGAUGAAUGAAUUUACUUAUGACUGCUUGUAAAUUAUUUAAAAAGCAUAUAAAAGAAAAUUUUAAGUGUCA